CGUAACAAACGGAUCACGGCUUCUCUCAAAUAUAGGUGCACAAGCACAUGCGUGCAACAAGGUUACCAUCCCAUCAUGGUACCCAUUCCUUAUGUGUAUAGGUACACACAUUCUCACAUUUUUUUUUGUUGCAAAUUUGAAUGCACGUCUAAUAUCAGCAUCACCAUUCAAACUCAUUUAUUCUGCAUCUUUCUCCCCUCUUCCAACAACAUUGAGAUUACAUCAGUAGAUUAUCUGGACAUACAAACCGAACACACACACACACACACACACACACACACACACAAACACUAUCAUCAACUAAACUAGCAUGCCCCACAAACAGUUUCUAAUCAACACCUGUAAACCCACAACCAUCAACGUUUUCCCGAACAAACGCAAAAUCGGAGGAAAAAACUCAUCCCACAGAACUAAAAUAAAAUAAAAUAAAAUAAGAAAACUUAAUAUACACACACACACACACACAGCAAGCAAAACUAAGAAAAGAAAAAAAAAAAAAGAGCGCCAAGAUACAAGCUUACAAAAAUCCCAACAACGAACCAAGAAAGAGAGAAAAAAAACCGCCCUAUUAUCAGAUCAAAAGAUCAACAUGUCAAUCCUUACCCCCAAAUCAACCAAAGAUCGGCCAUGUUUGAUCAUCCAUCCAAACUUCCUCAAAAAACCCCUUUUCUCUUGUGUUGAUCGUUUCUUAGUAAACCUUUUCUUCAUUUCUUUCUUUCGCCACAGAUAAUGAUUUAUCUCCGUUCUUUUUGAUUACCACCCAUUUUUUCUUCUCUCGGAAGCCAUCUUUAUUCCCGGUGAGUCGUACUAGGGGAGAUAGGUAGAUUGGUGUGUUACAUGUUUCAAUACUGUAAACUUGGUGCGUUGUCAUUGCUGCUGCUGCUGCUGCUGCUGCUUGCUGUUGUGUAAGGUAGGUGGGUGGCGCGAGGUUACACAAGGGCCCAACGGCAC